UUUCUUAAUCAGACUGUUUUUUCGGUCCGAGGAAAAGGAGGUAGGAGAUUGUGGUGGAGAAGGGGGUCUGUAAAACGUCAGGCGCCGCACAAAGGCUUUGCCACGUAAUUACAGGCUCCUAUUAAGUGGAGAUCUGCCCUCCCAGGGGUCUCUAAUUUUCUUGUAUUCCUACAAAGCCUCCUCUCCAUGCCAGUCUGUGCCUUUUGAAGUGCCAGAGAGCUUCUUGAUCCAACUGGGAAGGGAAAAGGAGCUCCUCACAGAGAAGGGGGAGAGAGCGGAGGGAAGGGGGACCCGCCGACCUUCUGCAGACUCUUGAAGCCCCGCUUCUUUAUUUCUUAUUUUUUUCCUCCUUACGAAGAGUAAAGUGAGAAUCCUGCUCUCUAAUACAUCUGCAAGACAUCACUCUCCUGAAAUUCUAGUCACUCCCGAGAAUCCACAGGAGUGCGGAGAGGGGGAACGCGCUUUCUUGAAGACAUUUUAAAGCUGGAACAAGCCUUCUUCUGUUGGUGCUUGAACUCUUGCCGGGGAAUAACUUUUUUUAACCUCUUUCUCUCCUUUUUUUUUUUUAAACCCACUUUGAUUCUUUCCUCCACCCCUUCUUCUCUCUUCUGUUUGCCUAACUCCCCCGCCCUGCCGGCCUCCCCUUUCCUCUCUCCCCCUUAUUAUUAUUUUUAGUGUCUGCGUGUGGACGCUUUUUGAGAGUUGGAAGGGGUAUACAUUUUUUCUUUCUGAUUUAAGCAUAGGGUGUUUGUUUGGUUUUUAUUUUUAAACUUUUUGGUGUGGAUUAUCUAUCUGGACCGCGCCGGACUUGGUUGGCUUCAGGGAAGCAACCGAGGCUGCGAGAGAAGUUACUUGUCCCGAAAGUUCUACACUUCAGAAGGGGGUCCUGCCUCUCUCUCUCUCUCUCUCUCUCUCUCUCUCUCUCUCUCUCUCUCUCUCUCACCACUCCCCCUCUUUCUUCCCCACUCCGCUCCUCUCCCCCCUCACGCCCACAGCGUUUGGUGUUGAUUCGAGCGGGAAGAGGGGGGUGGGUGGGAUUGGAGGGGAGACCAUGACCUCCAGCUACGGGCACGUUCUGGAGCGGCAACCGGCGCUGGGCGGCCGCUUGGACAGCCCGGGCAACCUCGACACCCUGCAGGCGAAAAAGAACUUCUCCGUCAGUCACCUGCUAGACCUGGAGGAGGCCGGGGACAUGGUGGCGGCACAGGCAGACGAAAGUGUGGGCGAGGCGGGCCGGAGCCUGCUGGAGUCACCGGGAUUGACCAGUGGCAGCGACACCCCUCAGCAGGACAAUGAUCAGCUGAACUCUGAGGAGAAGAAGAAGAGAAAGCAACGGAGAAACAGGACAACCUUCAACAGCAGUCAGCUGCAGGCCUUGGAGCGUGUCUUCGAGCGGACCCAUUACCCGGAUGCUUUUGUACGAGAAGAUCUCGCACGUCGGGUGAACCUCACUGAGGCCAGAGUGCAGGUGUGGUUUCAGAACCGAAGAGCCAAGUUCCGCAGGAAUGAGCGAGCCAUGCUGGCCAAUAAAAACGCUUCUCUCCUCAAGUCUUACUCAGGAGACGUGACGGCUGUGGAGCAGCCCAUCGUACCUCGUCCUGCUCCCAGACCCACCGAUUAUCUCUCCUGGGGGACAGCCUCUCCGUACAGCGCCAUGGCUACUUAUUCUGCCACAUGUGCCAACAAUAGCCCUGCACAGGGUAUCAACAUGGCCAACAGCAUUGCCAACCUGAGACUGAAGGCCAAGGAAUAUAGUUUACAGAGGAACCAGGUGCCAACAGUCAACUGAGGAAAAAAAUAAUUAAACAGGCCUAAGAAGAAAUCAAAAAGCAUAAGACACCUAUCCUGUUCUGUCAUAUCUUCAUCCGCCGGGAAAAAACAUAAAAGCAAACAAACAAAGCCAGAACUAAAAUAUUGGGACCAUGGCGGAGAAAAGCAGGAGAGGAAACAAAAUGAAAAUUAGUUAACAAAUGUUUCUUCUUCCUCUUGGAUACCAUCACCAUUUGCUCUUGUGUGUAUUUUGUUUUCCUUCUAUCCAUGCCUUGCUAAUUAUACUCCAGGCUUCUUCUGCUAGGCUCAGCCCACCCAUUCCUAUUAUUGUAUGAGAAUAAAAAAAUCUGCAGCAGCCAAAGAAACACACACACACACACACACAAUCACUUCUCAGUAACCUGUUUGACUUCAGUGCCUUAGUCUGUCUCCUCCCAAGUCUCUCUAGGAGAUUUUUGAAAAUCCAAAGUCUUUCAGAAGAAUCUGUAUUAUUGUGUCCAUGUUGGUCAUGGGAAGGUUUUUCUAUCAGCUACAGGAAAAAUAAAUGUACACAUGUUCUGAUCACUGACCUGUCUGAUCAAUGUGGUUGGCCAUGUCUGUUGAACUCUAAACUCUAAGAUAUAGGUUAUGAUGUCACCAUCAACCCUACCCCUUACCCAACCCAAACAAUAAACCUUCCUAAGUUAAAGAUACUCAUUGUUUUUGAACAAUUGCUGUCACUCAUUCUUUGGUAGAAGAAAUGCUUUCGGUUUUAUAGAUGGAAAAAAAUUGUAGGAAGACAAAAUGAAUUGUGAAAGGCAUAGUUUAUAUCUCUUUGGUGCCUUAGUUGUGGUCAGAUGCACACUUUUAUAUAUACAUAUAUAUGCUGUAUAUAUUUAUAUAUAUUAUAUAUAAAAUAUUGAAAGCUUGAGUUUGCAGUUUCUCAAACAGUAUAAAAGCAAACUCUCUGCCAUCACCACUGUCCUUAUUUACACAAUAAUGAUAUGCUAAUGGUGCAUCUUGCCAUUUUCAUAUUCUAUACAAAAUCCUCAUUGAGGUCAGAGAACAAUUAGCCAGGCAGCUGUUUGAGAACAGCUUCCACUUUUAUGUUAGAGCUUUAAUGGAAUUAGGAAUUACUUGAUGUUUUAGAGUUGACCUUGAGUUUGGACUCUGAGCUUGAGUGGAAAGUCUACAUUAUCUGACUUACCACGGGAAAUACAGGUAGUAGGAUGAGGGAAGAUAGCACGCUUUCUUUACUUCCCUGGAAUAUGAAAGACACAUAAUAUGUUUAAGUAAAGUGCUUAAAGCUUGGUCUAAAUUAAAAAAAAAUCAAAUAAAUACAAUUAUACUUUUACAUUUGAGUGGUCUUGAAAAGCCGCUUAGCAUCUAGGGUGGGUGGCAGGGAUGGUAUCUCUGUUUCCCUUUGUUCUCAGCCAUGAUUUGACAGCUUUCCUGGUGGACUUGACCAAACCAUGUAACCAUGUUGUGUCUAUUUACCUGUUUAUAAAAUGGUUUAACAAUUCCUACCUCACAGGGAUGUUGUGAGGCUACGUCCAUUGGCUCUCUCUCUCUCUCUCUCUCUCUCUCUCUCUCUCCCU